CUCCUUUUAUCCUCCUCAGCCAAUGGUUUUCUUGAUUAUUCGUAAGAGAAUAUGGUGAGGUCUCUUGGAAUUUUGUUGCUGAUAAUCAGAACCUUGGCCAUCAUUCAUAUUGUUCAAGCUCAAAUCCAGCAAGGGUUCAUCAGUUUGGACUGUGGGCUACCAGCAAAUGAACCAUCUCCUUAUAAAGAGGAGGCAACGGGGUUACAGUUCUCUUCAGAUGCAACAUUCAUCCAGAGUGGAAAAACUGGUAGAAUUCAUCCAACUGUGGCGAGUAGAUUUCUGAAGCCAUACACAACGCUGAGAUAUUUUCCAGAUGGAACAAGGAAUUGCUACAACCUACGCGUUGAGAAGGGGAGAAAUCAUCUGAUCAGGGCUAGUUUUCUGUAUGGAAACUAUGAUGGCCUUGACAAUAACCCCACGUUUGAUCUUUAUCUUGGACCUAAUCCAUGGGCCACUAUAGAUUUGCAUAAGCUAGUGAAUGGUACACGAGAAGAGAUUAUUCACAUCCCAACAUCAAACAAGUUGCAGGUCUGUCUUGUUAAGACUGGGCCGACUACACCGUUGAUCUCGACCUUGGAAGUACGGCCCAUGGGAAAUGAUUCUUAUAGCACUCAAUCUGGUUCUCUGAAUCUUUUCUUCCGGUUUUAUUUUAGCGAAUCAAAGACUACCCUAAGGUACCCGGACGAUGUGUAUGAUCGCCAAUGGACAGCUUAUUUUUGGAAAGAGUGGACUCAGAUAACCACCACAAGCAAUGUGGGAAACACCAACGACUAUGAACCACCAAAAGCCGCACUUGCAACUGCAGCCAUACCUACUAAUGGUAGUGAGCCAUUGACGCUUGAAUGGUCUAAUACAGAUAAACCUGAUGAUCAAUACUACUUGUAUAGACACUUUGCUGAGAUCCAAGACCUGCGGUCUAAUGAAACCAGAGAAUUCAACAUGGUAUGGAAUGGGGAACUUAUGUCGUCUGACCCUUUAGUUCCGGACGAGUUCAAGAUUACUACCAUCUUAAGCCUGACGCCAAGAACCUGCGCUGAAGGGGAAUGUAGUUUUCAGCUGAAAAGAACCAACAGAUCAACCCUUCCACCUCUACUUAACGCUUUUGAAGUCUACACAGUUAUCCAGUUUCCACAGUCUGAAACAAACGAAAACGAAGGUAUGUUUCAGUCUCUUUCCAGCCUAAUUAGUUAUAUCCAUCUAACAAUCUUGAAACUAUUUAUGUCAGUGGCUGCUAUUAGAAACAUUGAAGCCACUUAUGGAUUGAGUAGAAUCAACUGGCAAGGCGAUCCAUGUGUCCCUUCGCAGCUUAUGUGGGACGCUUUAAGCUGUAGCCAUGUGGAUAUCUCCACACCACCAAGAAUUACUUCCUUAAACUUGUCUUCAAGUGGUUUAACUGGAAACAUAGCAGCUGCCAUUCAAAACCUUACUCUACUAGAAAAACUGGAUUUGUCGAAUAAUAACUUGACCGGAGAAGUGCCUGAGUUUCUAGGCAACAUGAAACUAUUGUUGGUGAUAAACUUAAGCGGGAAUGAUCUCAAUGGUUCAAUUCCUCAAUCUUUACAAAGGAAAGGACUCGUACUAUCUCUUGAAGGAAAUUCAAGGCUUUUUCCCUCUGGUUCACCCGAAAAAACACAUAAAAAGACCCUUUUAGUGCCAAUUGUUGCAUCUGUUGGUUCUGUAGCUAUCCUCAUUGCCGCAUUGGUUCUUUAUCUUGUUCUCAGAAAGAAAAAGCAGCCUACUGUAGAAGUUGUUCGCCCGCCACCAAGUAGGCCUACUGUGAAUGUAACAAAUGCUAAUUCACCUGAGCCAUCAAUCGAGACGAAAAAGAGAAGGUUUACUUAUUCAGAGGUUAUAAAAAUGACAAACAAUUUCGAAAGAGUCGUAGGGGAAGGAGGAUUUGGUGUUGUCUGUCACGGUACUGUCAAUGGUGGACAGGUAGCUGUUAAGCUACUAUCUCAAUCAUCAACUCAAGGGUACAAAGAGUUCAAAGCAGAGGUUGACCUUCUACUGAGAGUUCACCAUACGAAUUUGGUAAGCCUUGUUGGAUAUUGUGAUGAAGGAGACCAUUUGGCCCUCAUCUAUGAGUUUGUACCUAAUGGAGACUUAAGACAACAUCUAACAGGAAAAGGAGGCAGGUCUGUCGUCAACUGGGGUAUUCGGCUAAGAAUAGCUGUGGAAGCAGCACUAGGUUUGGAGUACUUACACAUUGGAUGCACACCACCAAUGGUUCACAGAGAUGUCAAAACUACAAACAUAUUGUUGGACGAGCAUUACAAGGCCAAACUGGCUGAUUUUGGGCUCUCCAGGUCUUUCCCAGUUGGAGGUGAAUCUCAUGUUUCGACAGUGGUUGCUGGUACUCCUGGUUACCUGGAUCCUGAGUAUUACCAUACAGGCCGGUUGGGUGAGAAAAGUGACGUUUACAGUUUCGGCAUUGUGUUAUUGGAAAUGAUCACAAACCAAUCAGUGAUUGAUCGAAACCGCAGAAAUUCUCACAUAACAAAAUGGGUUGGGUCUGAGCUCAAGGGAGGAAAUAUUGCAAAUAUCAUGGAUCCAAACCUUCACGGGGAUUAUGAUUCUCGCUCUGCCUGGAGAGCUCUUGAGCUGGCAAUGUCGUGCGCGGAUCCAACUUCAGCAAAACGACCAACCAUGUCUCAUGUUGUUAUCGAACUAAAAGAAUGUCUUGUAUCUGAAAAUUCGAGGAGAAAUAUGAGUCGAAGAAUGGAUUCACUGAGUUCCCCUGAAGUAAGCAUGACCUUUGACAGUGGUAUGAUUCCCAGAGCAAGAUAGUGUGUGUCGCACGUAUCGCAAGGACAAUAACCUCAGUGUGUUUUGUAUGCCUAUUGGUUUUCAAAAGUUUAUGUAAAAAUGAAUUAAUUACUGAACUGAU